GCCAGCCAGCGAAAGAAGGUCUUGUCUGCCAGUCUGGUUGCUUGCUUGCUUGCUUGCCUUGCGCCUUGCCUCGUCGUCAGAAAUAGGGCGCUGCCGUCACGCACUAUACUUACAUCUACCUACCUCCCGAAUCUCUGUACGACCGACCACCAGUGAUCUGCGAACACUAGUCCGUUGACACUGCGUCUUCGUCUCUUCGCAUCCUGCAGGCUGGGGAGUCUGCUGAUACCAACAGCACAUAAUGACCUCCGGACCACCUGAAUCUACGACGACAGGUUAUGCUCCCAACGAGUCACGGAGGGCCGCCGCUUUACCAUCUCGGAUUGAGGAACCAUUCGCCCGACAGCAGAGACUACAGGACAGAGAUCCGUGGGCUGCUUCGCGCCCAGCGCCAGCCCUCAGUUUCCCUCCCCCACCCGGCCUGCCUUCAGGAAAUCGCAGUGCGCCCGGUUACCCGCCCUUCGCCUCGACCCAACAAGCACAACGCUGGGCCCGAGAGGAAUGGUCGAGCCGACCAGCAGCACCACCCUACCAAGACCUCCCACUCCUCUCUGGCUGGGCCUCAUCGCCCCUCACGGCCCAGUUCCAAACCUCGCAAACGCCGAUGCCUCCCGCAGGCGGUGACCGGAGUCCCCAGUCGGGCUAUGCUGCGUACGGAAGCGCGUGGCCAGGAGCAGCUCUCCGCCGUAGCUCUUCGGAAGAAGCGAGGAACAGUCCGCUGGUUGGUGCACUCUAUGGUGGUGGAGAGAUGAUGUCCAAUAAUACACUCAGCUUACAACAAUCAAAGAACUUCCCCCAACGACGACCCUCGAACCGGGACGAAUUCGACGGACCGUCGCAACUGCUCGAGAAGCCGGAAGACAACGGCGUCGAGCCCAAGGAAGAGGACCUUCCCCAGCUCCCGAUUACGUUAUAUGCCCAAGAACAGGACGAGAUCCUCUCGAAAGUGAACGACAGACUUUCCCAGUGUGCAUUCGACUUUGUUGCCAAAUACCAGUUCCCCGUCCCCAUUGAGCCCGACAAGCGACCAGUACGAGUACCAGGAGACCGAGAGUGGUCGGAGUGGGUGUACCUGCUCAAGCGACUAGCGACCAAGAGACGCAUCCCAGCACGAGUGCUCUACAAUGGUCAAAUCAAACAGCUAAUCACGAUUCUCGAGAAUAGCUUGGAAAUGAGACAUGCGGCCAAGCAUCAGUCUCGGCCGCUCAAGGACGACAGAAACAUUCUCCAGCUGAUUAGCUCUGGCCUGCAAGUGGCCAAGAUUCUCAAGGAUGCCCCAGCAAUGCAAUACCUCGACAGUCUGUACAUUCAGACCGAACGGCUGAUUCAGAGCCGUAGAGCACCAGCGCCAUCGCCGUUCAACUCGUCCAUGUAACAGCGAAAGACGACGACGAGAACAAUACCAAUAACAACAACAAGUGCAAGUACAAGUACAAUAACAACAACGCAAAGAAAGAUUAUUUCUCAGAAAGGGACACAGACCAGGGUUUUGGUUUAGUAGUAGAUGAUACGAGAAGACAGAGAGCGU